AUGAGAGAUAUAUGUGAGCAAUUCAAGAUUACUCACCGAAACUCAACUGCUUAUCGCCCUCAAAUGAACGGAGUUGUGGAGGCCGCCAAUAAGAACAUCAAGAAGAUUCUGAGGAAAGUGGUUGACAAUCACCGAGAAGCAGUCAUACCUGCUGAAGUUGAAAUAUCGUCUUUGAGAAUCAUCCAAGAAGCUGAGUUAAGUAAUGCUGAAUGGGUCAGCAAGCGGAUCGAUCAACUACUUUUGAUUGAUGAGAAGAGAAUGGUUGCCGUUUUUCAUGGUCAGUUGUAUCGACAGAGAAUGAUUCGCGCUUUCCAUAAGAGAGUAAGAGCUAGAACUUUUGAAAUCGGUCAGUUAGUACUUAAGCGCAUUUUUCCUCAUCAAGAUGAGUACAAAGAAAAAUUGGCACCAAAUUGGUAA